UUCGUCCUUUUCUUACCUUCGCUCAAACAUCUCACACCCAAAAAAAAUUCAGUUCUAAACCCUAAACCCUACUUCACUUACACUCCAAUGCCCCCAGACGCAGUUAUUUUCCUCCCUCCCUUGUACGGACUGUAAAUUUCACCCCCUCCUUUUAAAACUCCCACCCCAACUCCCACGGCCCUCCAUUUCUAGGGUUUCCACAAAAUGUACCUCUACAACCUCACUCUCCAGCAGGCUACCGGCGUCGUAUGCGCCACCAACGGCAAUUUCGUCGGUGGGAAGUCGCAAGAGAUCGUCGUGGCCCGCGGCAAGGUCCUCGAUCUCCUCCGUCCAGAUGACAGCGGCAAGAUCCAGACGAUCCUGUCUGUUGAUGUCUUCGGCGCCAUCCGCUCCCUUGCCCAGUUCCGCCUUACCGGCUCCCAGAAGGACUACAUCGUCGUCGGCUCUGACUCUGGUAGGAUUAUAAUUUUGGAAUACAACAAGGAAAAAAACGUCUUUAAUAAGAUCCAUCAGGAAACCUUCGGGAAGUCGGGAUGCCGUCGGAUUGUCCCGGGACAGUACCUGGCCGUCGACCCCAAGGGCCGUGCUGUCAUGAUCGGUGCCUGUGAGAAGCAGAAGCUCGUCUAUGUACUGAACCGUGACACUGCAGCCCGCCUCACUAUCUCGUCCCCACUGGAGGCCCACAAGUCCCACACCAUCGUGUACUCAAUUGCCGGCGUCGACUGUGGGUUCGACAACCCGAUAUUCGCAGCGAUUGAGCUUGACUACUCAGAGGCCGAUCAGGACUCAACUGGCCAGGCUGCGAACGAGGCCCAGAAGCACCUCACUUUCUAUGAGCUUGAUCUGGGUCUCAACCAUGUGUCGCGUAAGUGGUCGGAGCCGAUUGACAAUGGAGCGAACAUGCUCGUGACGGUCCCAGGCGGUGGGGAUGGGCCCAGUGGGGUUCUUGUCUGCGCUGAGAACUUUGUUAUCUACAAGAACCAGGGCCACCCAGAUGUCCGUGCUGUCAUCCCAAGGAGGGUUGAUCUUCCCAAUGAACGUGGGGUUCUGAUUGUCUCUGCUGCGACUCACAGGCAGAAAACCAUGUUCUUCUUUCUACUACAAUCUGAGUACGGUGACAUAUUCAAGGUCACAUUAGAACACGAGAAUGAUCGGGUUUCAGAAUUGAAGAUAAAGUACUUUGAUACAAUCCCUGUUACAGCUGCAAUGUGUGUCAUGAAAACAGGAUUCCUAUUUGCUGCAUCGGAAUUUGGGAACCAUGCACUGUACCAGUUCAAGGCGAUUGGGGAUGGGGCCGACAUAGAAUCCUCCUCUGCCACAUUGAUGGAGACGGAAGAAGGCUUCCAGCCUGUUUUCUUCCAGCCACGUGGGCUUAAAAAUCUGGUCCGGAUUGACCAGGUCGAGAGCCUAAUGCCCGUCAUGGACAUGAAAGUCAUCAAUCUGUUUGAAGAAGAGACGCCACAGAUCUUCACACUUUGCGGACGGGGGCCACGUUCAUCGUUGCGGAUACUGCGGCCUGGCCUGGCGAUCAGUGAAAUGGCUGUCUCGCAGCUUCCAGGUGUUCCAAGUGCUGUUUGGACAGUGAAGAAAAACGUGAGUGAUGAGUUUGAUGCUUACAUUGUUGUCUCAUUUGCAAACGCAACACUUGUGCUUUCGAUUGGAGAGACAGUUGAGGAAGUCAGCGACAGCGGGUUCCUUGACACCACCCCGUCGCUUGCAGUCUCUUUGUUAGGCGAUGAUUCGCUGAUGCAGGUCCACCCGAACGGGAUCCGCCAUAUACGAGAGGACGGGCGUAUCAACGAGUGGAAGACUCCAGGGAAGAAGACAAUUGUGAAGGUGGGGUCGAACAGAUUGCAGGUCGUGAUUGCUUUGAGUGGGGGCGAGCUCAUCUACUUCGAGAUGGACAUGACGGGCCAGCUGAUGGAAGUUGAGAAACAUGAGAUGCCAGGGGACGUAGCGUGUUUGGACAUUGCUCCAGUCCCAGAAGGACGGCAGAGAUCACGAUUUCUUGCAGUCGGAUCGUAUGAUAACACGAUCCGGAUUCUGUCAUUGGACCCGGAUGAUUGUAUGCAGAUUUUGAGUGUGCAGAGUGUGUCGUCGCCACCAGAAUCACUCCUCUUGCUUGAAUUUCAGGCAUCGGUCGGUGGAGAGGAUGGCGCUGAUCACCCAGCAAGCAUUUUUCUCAAUGCAGGAUUGCAGAAUGGGGUCCUUUUCAGGACCGUUGUUGAUAUGGUAACAGGCCAGCUUUCUGAUACUCGUUCUAGGUUCUUGGGUUUGCGGGCCCCAAAGCUGUUCUCUGCAAUAGUGAGGGGCCGGCGGGCGAUGCUUUGCUUGUCGAGCAGGCCUUGGCUUGGGUAUAUUCACCAAGGGCAUUUCUUACUGACACCACUCUCGUACGAGACACUUGAAUAUGCUGCAUCGUUUUCAUCUGACCAGUGUGCAGAAGGUGUGGUCGCUGUUGCGGGGGAUGCUCUGCGGGUUUUCACGAUUGAACGGUUAGGGGAGACUUUUAAUGAGACGGCAAUUCCACUGAGGUAUACACCGAGGAAGUUUGUGCUUCAUCCAAAGCGGAAGCUUUUAGUCAUUAUAGAGAGCGAUCAGGGAGCCUUCACUGCAGAAGAGAGGGAAGCUGCAAGGAAGGAAUGCUUGGAAGCUGCCGGGAUGGGAGAGAAUGGAAAUGCGAAUGACGAGCAGAUGGCGAAUGGUGGGGAAGAAGAGGAGAAGGAUGAUCCUCUUUCAGAUGAGCAGUAUGGUUAUCCGAAGUCUGAGUCAUCCAAAUGGGUGUCUUGCAUUCGAGUCCUUGACCCGAGGUCAGCAAACACUACAUGCCUGCUCGAGCUUCAAGAGAAUGAGGCGGCUUUUAGUGUAUGUAUGGUGAAUUUUCAUGAUAAGGAAUAUGGGACUCUUUUGGCUGUUGGGACGGCGAAGGCAUUGCAGUUUUGGCCCAAGAGGAGUUUGUCGGGUGGGUUUAUUCAUAUAUAUAGGUUUGUGGAGGAUGGAAAAUCACUUGAGCUUCUGCACAAGACGCCAGUAGAAGGCAUCCCACUUGCGUUGUGCCAGUUCCAGGGAAGGUUACUUGCUGGGAUUGGACCCAUUCUUAGAUUAUACGAUUUGGGGAAGAGGAAAUUGCUGAGAAAAUGUGAGAAUAAGCUCUUCCCUAAUACGAUUAUCUCUAUUCACACCUAUCGUGACCGGAUAUAUGUUGGCGACAUCCAAGAGUCAUUCCAUUAUUGCAAGUAUAGGCGAGAUGAAAACCAGCUGUAUAUAUUCGCAGAUGACUCCGUGCCCAGAUGGCUCACAGCAUCAUACCACAUAGAUUUUGACACCAUGGCAGGUGCAGACAAGUUUGGGAAUGUGUACUUUGUGCGGCUGCCGCAGGAUGUGUCAGAUGAGAUCGAAGAGGAUCCAACAGGCGGUAAGAUAAAGUGGGAGCAGGGGAAGCUGAAUGGUGCUCCGAAUAAGGUAGAGGAGAUUGUGCAAUUCCAUGUGGGUGACGUCGUUACCUGCUUGCAGAAGGCAUCGCUCAUACCGGGAGGCGGUGAGUGCAUCAUUUACGGGACUGUGAUGGGAAGCUUGGGGGCGUUGCUUGCUUUCACCUCCAGGGAGGAUGUUGAUUUCUUUUCGCAUUUGGAGAUGCAUAUGAGGCAGGAGCACCCCCCUUUGUGCGGAAGGGACCACAUGGCCUACAGAUCUGCUUAUUUUCCGGUCAAGGAUGUGAUCGAUGGCGAUCUUUGUGAACAGUUCCCAACCUUGCCGCCUGAUUUGCAGAGGAAGAUUGCGGAUGAACUGGAUAGAACUCCUGGUGAGAUAUUGAAGAAACUAGAAGAUGUCAGGAAUAAGAUUAUCUAAGGAGCAUUUCAUUCAGGCCUAACUAACUGUGGCGUUGUAGUUCAGGUAAGAGUACUGCUCACCAUAGAAGCAUACAUUUCACUACUGUUGUUGAAUCUUUGAUUAUGAGCAGUUCUGUUGAGGAGAGAUCCCGGUCUGGUGUUAUUUGUCAGCCCCUCAUUGUAAUACAUGUUUUGAGCUUGUCUUAUGCGGAGGUAAAGAGAAGUUUCGCGGACAUAGUUCCCAGAUUGUGAAUGAGAAAAAUGUUUGUACUUUCGUAGGUGAA